UUUAGUUUGUCAUUUUUAUAACACAAGACGAAUACGCAGUUUUCCUACUGGAAAGAAUUUAAUUACUUGUUCAAUUUUUUUUUAUACGAAAACUUCCACAAAAAAUCUAAGCAAAAAAGAAAAAAAUAUAUAUGAAAAUGAAAACAACAAAAUAAAAGUUAAAUGAAUGUUAAUGAAAUUGUAAAAAGAAAUGAAUUGUUAAUAGUUUAUGCAAAAGUAACGAAAGUUUUGGUAAACAAGUAAUUAAAUGAAAAAAUAUUGAGACGGAAAGAAAAAAUCAAAGAGUUACCGGCCCACAAAAAUUAGCAAAGAAUUUUAGAGGAAAAUUAUUUAAUUGAAACAAAAUUGUAACGUUCAUUGAAUUUGUUCAACAACCAGCUAAAAUAUCGGCAACAUAAUGAAUAAUCUAAGCACCAAUAAUGGAGGCGGUGGUGGUGGUGGCAAUAGCAGCAGUAAUAGUGCUAACAAUGGUACUGGUAUACGCCCUUCUUCGGCCAAUGACGAGUCUGGUGGUGGCGGUGCUGCAGGUGGAGAUACAGAUGCCAGCUCCAGGCGCCAGGCCACUAGGGUUUUUAAGAAAAGCUCCUCGAACGGUAAAAUUACCGUGUAUCUGGGGAAACGUGAUUUCGUGGACCACAGCACUCAUGUUGAUCCCAUCGAUGGUGUGGUUUUUAUAGAUCCGGAAUAUGUAAAGGAUCGCAAAGUAUUUGGCCAGGUUUUGGCCGCCUUCAGAUAUGGUCGUGAGGAUUUAGACGUAUUGGGUUUGACGUUUCGCAAGGAUUUGUAUUUGGCCCAUGAACAAAUCUAUCCGCAAACGCAAACUGAAAGGCCCCUGACAAGGCUACAGGAAAGGCUGAUAAAAAAGUUGGGUCCCAAUGCAUAUCCAUUUUACUUUGAAGUUCCUCCCUACUGUCCAGCAUCAGUGUCACUACAACCUGCCCCAGGCGAUACUGGCAAAUCCUGUGGCGUAGAUUAUGAAUUAAAAGCCUUCGUUGGCGAACAAAUCGACGACAAGCCUCAUAAACGCAAUUCCGUUCGUUUGACAAUACGCAAGGUGAUGUACGCCCCCUCAAAGGUGGGCGAACAACCCUCAAUCGAAGUGAGUAAAGAAUUUAUGAUGAAACCAAAUAAAAUUCAUUUGGAGGCCAGUCUUGACAAAGAGCUAUAUCAUCAUGGCGAAAAGAUAUCGAUUAAUGUGCACGUGGCCAACAAUUCGAAUCGAACGGUGAAGAAAAUCAAAGUUUAUGUGCGCCAGUUUGCCGACAUUUGUCUAUUUUCGACGGCCCAAUAUAAAUCGGUGGUGGCCGAAACGGAAUCCGAAGAUGGUUGCCAAGUAUUGCCAGGCUUUACACUCUCCAAGGUAUUCGAGCUUUGUCCACUGCUGGCAAAUAACAAGGACAAGUGGGGCUUAGCUUUGGACGGUCAAUUAAAACACGAGGACACAAAUCUGGCCUCCAGUACACUGAUCACAAAUCCAGCACAACGCGAAAGUCUAGGCAUCAUUGUACACUAUAAAGUCAAAGUGAAAUUGCUAAUAAGUGGGCCGUUGUUGGGCGGUGACUUGGUAGCCGAAUUGCCAUUUACUCUUAUGCAUCCCAAGCCCGAAGAGGAGGAGAAUCCCUUGCUAAGCGAUAAAUCACCACGACAAAGUAUACGCGAUAAUCAAUUGGUGGUGGUGGCCGCUGAAGAUGCCAACUCAAAUUCCACUACAGCUGGCGUCCAAGAGGUACCAACUACCACAAAUCUCAUACAACUGGAUGACGAUGAUGCCCAAGACGAUGAUAUUAUAUUUGAAGAUUUUGCCCGUCUACGAUUAAAAGGUGCUGAAACAGAAGCUUAAAUGAAACAGAAACGGAAAACUGUUUAUGAUUUUCAGAAAUGCCAUUUUUUUUUAGAUAAAACAAAACAGUAACAAAAGAGUAAAAUUAUUAAACUAUUAAAUUAUCAUCGAUCGUUUGGAUAUUGUAUUUAGCACAUCAUUUAUAAAAUAGUUUUCAUAUUUCUCAGUUUUUUUUUUCUAUGUGUAAAAUGUUUUAAACAAAUUAAAGGUAUUUUUGUUUUAAUUUAAUUUUCAAAAAAAAAAAAAAAACAUUGUUUAGAAAGGGACGGUCUUGAGUUUCUAUAAAGCAAAGUCAAAUUUUAUGAAAAUGGGCAACAAUUUCAAAUGCAUGUAUAUUUAGUUAUUAAGUUAAUUAAUUAUGUUUAUAAUAAUUAUAACAACAAAAUCACAAAACAAAACAAAAACAAUAAUAUUGAUGAUAAAAGAUAUUUAGCAAUGUCUUUAAUGUUAACGAAAUUUAUGACGACGAUGAUGAAGAUUAAGAAACAGAAGAUUAUAAUGAUUAAAAUGAUUAUGAUAAUGACCAUAGUAGUAUGUAUGUCUUUAUCUAUGUAUUUAUGUUUAUACUCUAUAUAUAUAUAUUAUACAAAACAAAAACAAAAAAAAAGAAAGGAAUAACUAAAACAAUAUAUAAAUAUAUAUAUAUAUAUAUUUUAUGUGUCUAUAGUAUUUAAGUUUUAUGUUAUAAUUUUACUUUUAUCUCUAACUAUUACUUUACUGUUUUUUUUUUGUUUGUUUUUCUUUUUUGUUUUAUAAACAUACAUAAAUUAAUAAUGUUAUAUUAAAAUAUAUAUUUGAAGCUAAACAGUAGGAAUUGCAAUAAAAUCGGCUACUAUAAUUUUUUUUGGACAAAAUUAAAACUGUAAAAACGGCAACAUAAUUGUAAAUUUUAAUUUAUUUUACAUUUUAAUAAAAUUACUACUUUUUAUUACAGUUUAAAUUUUAUUACAAAGUUCAGAAAAUGCUAGUAAAAAUAACUUAAACUGGCGAGUUUUUUUUUUAAGUAUUUCGAUUCGAAAGUUAAGGUUAUUGGAAUUGAAAAAAAAAAACUUUUUUUGAGAGAGUUUAUUUAAAAGUUUAUUGCAAUUCUUGCCUGUUGCUGCUGGUUUUUAAAACACAAACAAGCAAAUAUUUUAUUCAAAUUUUUUUUAUGCACAUUUAUAGUCGAACACAUACACUAUGAACAAAAAUUACACAAACACACACUUUUAAAAAAUACAUAAACUCACCAAUACACUUUUAAUACAACACUACAUAAAACCCAAACAAA